CAUCGUUGAUAAUGAUAUUUUUCAGAGACAAGCUGGAUAUAUUUUGACCUGAUGGCACCAAAAGUUUGGAGGAUAGAAAUCCAUAGUAAAGUUUAUACUUCAUAUCUGCAUUUCUACUUCCAGAUAUUUGUUCACCAUCCUUGGUAUCAACGAAACGAGGAUGGGCUCAUGACCUGUACAUUCUGCCAAAAGUUAUUCAGUUCAAAAGGCAAUUUGAAGGUUCAUCUCCGCACUCAUACUGGUGAAAGACCAUACCAGUGUCCUUACUGUGGGAAAGCUUAUAGUCGGAGACAGUCAAUGGUGAAGCAUGAAAGGACUCACACGGGAGAAAGACCAUAUCAGUGUUCUUACUGUGGGAAAGGCUUCAUUCGGAAACAAGCAGUGGUUAAACAUGAAAGGAUUCACACAGGAGAAAAACCAUUUGAGUGCUCACUCUGUGGGAAAGCGUUCUCUGAAAAGCAGCACUUAACUCGGCACUUUAGAAUCCACACAGGAGAGAAACCAUACGAAUGUGGUAUCGGCCAGCAUUCCUGGUCUCCUAGUUCGCUCGUUGAGUUCAGGGAUCCUAUCCAACUUGUGACGUGCACCUAUUGUAAUAAGUUCUUCGACAAUAGAAAUCUCCUUGAAAUCCACAUGAGGGUCCACACUAGGGAAAAGCCAUUCAAGUGUUCUUACUGUGGAAAAGGCUUCGCUCAGAAGGGGAAUCUGAAGACGCAUGAAAGGAUUCACACAGGAGAGAAACCAUACGCAUAUUUCUCGAUAUGGCUGGUCUCCUGGUUUGUGCAAAAGAGGGAACUCACCACUGAAAUCUCUUUGCAUGAACUUGAUAGUUUGGCCAUGAGUGUUGUCUGUGAAGGACGUGUUUGCCCGUUCUGCGGAAAAGACUGCCGUAAAAACAGCGCGCUCAAGGCUCAUAUUCGUAUCCACACUGGUGAAAAACCAUUCAAGUGCUCCUUCUGUGGACGAGGCCACAGUCAUAAGGAUCAGCUAAAACGACACGAACGUGUCCACACGGGAGAAAAGCCGUACAAAUGUCACAUUUGUGGCCGAGCGUUUACCCAAAGUGGCAGCUUGAGGUCGCACAUGAUUUAUCAUAAUUUUCCAUCAAAUUGUGAAAUUCCUGAUAGACUGAUAUUAAGUAAGAGGUCUUCCUGUUUCUACUUCCAGAUAUGUCAACUUGGUAUUUGGCCUGAUGACGUUUCUCGAGGAGUAUAUGCUUGCCAAUUCUGUGGUCAAGAUUUCCACAAAAAUAGUGCACUUGAGGCUCACCUUCGUAUGCACACUGGUAACAAACCGUUCGGGUGUUCAUACUGUGGAAAGGCCUUCAGUGAAAAGCACCACUUAAAGAGACAUGAGCGAAUCCAUACAGGAGAGAAACCAUAUAAAUGUGACAUUUGUCAGAGAGCUUUCAACCAGAGCGGCAGCUUGAAAUCACAUAAGUUGGUGCACUUGAAACCACCAUCUUAGUGCCGGUAUCUAAGAGUAUCCAAGGUUUGUCAUCUUAUGGUUUGGGAACCCCUCGCACUCGACUAUUGGUCAAGAGGUCCCUGGCUCCAACAGUUGGCCGGUCUUUGUCAAACUCAUGAACUUGCCUUACUCUGAACCAGGUGUUUGAAUGGGGACUGGUUGCUCAGGUUGCACCUCUGAUUGUACAUGUAGCUCUUCUGAGUUCUGAAAGGUUUCAGGAAAGGCUGGGUUAAAGUGUGAAGUCAGAUGAACCUAUACAGUACGGUAGUUGAUAUCAGACAACAAAAAAGUCAGCUUUUAAGUUUGACUUCUGCUUUUGGUGGUCGUCUCACUGAUCACCACCAAAGCUGGUGCUCUUUCUU